AGUGGCAUUUCCAAACCUAUUUCUUUAUAUAAAGACUUUUGCCACUCAAUUUUCAGCAACGACAAAAGAAAAUUGGGCUUACUCAAGCAAAUUCAACAACAAUGGCAAUGGCUUUCAAGAUGGCUACAACUGGGAUGUGGGUCGCUGAUGAGUGCAAGAACUCGUUCAUGGAGAUGAAAUGGAAGAAAGUUCAUAGAUAUAUAGUGUUCAAGAUCGAUGAGGCAUCAAGGCUGGUGACCGUCGAUAAGGUCGGCGGCCCCGGCGAAAGCUACGAUGAUCUAGCUGCAUCCUUGCCCACCGAUGAUUGCCGAUAUGCUGUGUUUGAUUUUGAUUUUGUCACCGUUGAUAAUUGCCGGAAAAGCAAGAUCUUCUUCAUCGCAUGGUCUCCAACAGCAUCAAGAAUUAGAGCAAAAAUGCUGUAUGCAACAUCCAAAGAUGGGCUGAGGAGAGUGCUAGAUGGCAUCCACUAUGAAGUUCAAGCAACAGACCCAACCGAGAUGGGGAUUGAUGUGAUUAAGGACAAAGCCAAUUAGGAUUAGCUAUAUAAAUCAUGUUUAUGAGCAUCUUACUUUUAUUUAAUAACUCCGAUAACAUGUGCUUUCUUUUUUCUCUUUUUUAGUUUUUUUGAGCACUAAUGGAAGUUAAUCUUCUAAUUUGUAAUAAUAUUUUGAUGUUCCAUGUUUGCUAA